AUGUCUGCAAACCUCGGGACAGUGAGCAAAAAGAAGACUGGUGCGCUGAAGAUUGCACUCCCAGUCUUGUCAAUUCUAUCAUUACUUGUGUGCAUUUGUCUUGUCUGGAUAUGCAAGUCAAGAGGCAAGCUCCAAACAAAGGCAUCCAUCGAUAUCUUGAUUGAGGGACAAUUGGGCAAUUAUGAUGAACCAUGCGAUCAGAAAUUUCUAUGGAUUAGAUUCAAAGACAUUGUCCCUGCUACAAACGGUUUCUCUGAUUCCAAUUUGCUUGGAAAAGGUGGCUUUGGCAUAGUAUACAAGGGAACGCUGGAAAGUGGCAUGGAGGUUGCUGUUAAAAGGCUUACCAAGUAUUCUGACCAAGGAAUAGAGCAUUUUAGAAAUGAAGUAGUUCUCAUAGCAAAACUGCAGCAUAGAAACUUAGUUAGACUUCUUGGUUCCUGCAUCCGUGGAGAUAAGAGGCUGCUUAUUUAUGAAUACUUACCCAACAAAAGCUUAGACUACUUCCUUUUUGAUGAUACUAAAAAAUCUAUGCUUGAUUGGCCAACAAGGUUUAGCAUAAUCAAAGGGAUAGCCAGAGGACUUCUGUACCUCCACCAUGAUUCAAGAAUGACGAUAAUUCACAGAGAUCUCAAAACAAGCAACAUAUUGUUGGAUGUGGAGAUGAGACCCAAAAUAUCAGAUUUUGGCAUGGCAAGGAUCUUUGGUGACAGCCAUCAACAAGCAAAUACUAGACAUGUUGUCAGAACAUACAAUUUAAACAAUGGCUAUAUGUCGCCUGAAUAUGUGAUGGAAGGCAUUUUUUCUAUCAAGUCCGAUGCGUAUAGCUACGGUGUCUUGUUGCUGGAGAUUGUAAGUGGGUUAAAGAUCAGUUCGCCCCAUCACCUUAUAAUGGAUUUUCCAAACCUUAUAGACUACGCAUGGAACUUCCUGAAAGAAGGAAAAUCAAGGGAUUUCCUGGACACGAUGCUUCUGAAGAGCUGUUCACUGCAUCAAGUGUCUUUGUGCAUCCAUAUUGGCCUUUUGUGUGUCCAAGGCUGCCUAAGUGCCAGGCCACUAAUGUCGUUAGUCGUGUCUAUGCUGGACAACGAGGCCAUGCCACUCACAACACCAGAGCAGCUGUUAUAUUCCGUCGGGAGGAAGCAUGAUGCAGAAGAGGCAACGGAGAACUCUGUUAACAACGCAAGACUGACAACAUUAGCAGGGCGCUAGAUGCUUAUGAUUCCUUGCAGUGAGGUAACCUGAGUGCCCUGGAACAUCAAAGGGAAGCAGAUUAUGAUUGACUGCCAAGUGGGUUUCAGUGGCCAGCUGCAGGUGGAGAAUCCUCUUCCCCUUUGGCGCCCUCAUCCGAUGGUUAAAUUAAAAUUAGUAUUGAUGCUAUAUUUGAUCCAUUGGCUUAUAAAUCUUAUUGUGGUCGGCAUGUUC